CCCUUCAAUCAUCAAACUCUUAAACGUUCUGCUAUUCGCUCCAGUCGAAAAGGGAGAAGAAGGCGGUCUGCAAAUCUCAGAGAUGGCUCGUACCAAGCAAACUGCUCGGAAGUCCACAGGAGGAAAGGCUCCUAGGAAGCAACUUGCUACCAAGGCUGCUAGGAAGUCUGCCCCAACUACUGGUGGAGUUAAGAAGCCUCACAGAUAUCGUCCUGGAACUGUUGCUCUUCGUGAAAUCCGCAAAUACCAGAAGAGUACUGAGCUCCUGAUCAGGAAACUGCCAUUCCAGAGGCUGGUUCGUGAAAUUGCCCAGGAUUUUAAGACUGAUCUGCGUUUCCAGAGUCAUGCUGUUCUGGCUCUCCAAGAAGCAGCUGAGGCAUACCUUGUUGGUCUUUUCGAGGACACUAACCUUUGUGCCAUUCAUGCUAAGCGUGUGACCAUAAUGCCCAAAGACAUCCAGUUGGCCAGGAGGAUUAGGGGUGAACGUGCUUAAGUAGUGUUUUCUGGUUGUUGGUUCUCUGUCAAGUUAUAUAGGGUAGAUGGUAAUGAAGCUUUAGCAGUUGGUUCCUAGGCACCAUUGUUUUCUUUCAGUUUUGGUGGUGGCUGUGUGAUGUAAUUGGUUGGUGUUUUGUUUUGGGGAAGAUGCUAGUAUCAAACUGUUUGUUUUUCUUGUCAACAACUCAAAUGUUUGUGCGAACAAAUAUUAUUAUUCCUAUUUUGCAUCUAAUGUAAUGGGUUAUUAUGUGAUAA